AAUUUUUUGGUUUGUUCUCACAUUCGAUAUUGUGGACUAAAAUGAUUAGUGGUUUGCACUGUAAACGAAAUAAUAUGACCCACAACAUACUAUUUUAACUUGUGUUAUGUUUUCCUAUCUAACCCUUAGUCUAAAUGUGUCCACUGAGACACAAACACACCAUACCCUUUACAAACGCUUUGCACCGAACAAGGAAGUUCCUGAUAGAAAUGAAAGUUGAUGGUGAGUUUCCGUCGAGCUGCUCUUAUAACUUCUACUGGAGGACCGCAGGAGUUAUUAUUAAUAGAAAAACUCACACGGAUUGACGAAUUCGGAUUAAAUUGGAAAAUGCGUCGGCAUCUCACACACAAAUGGUCAUAUAGGAAGGAAAUUGACUUUGACUCUUCUGUUGUGAUGUGACUGUUGAGGCGUGUUGAGUUCAGAAAUACGUCGAUCCGAUCAUGUCGUCCGCUUGUGUCAGCACAAUGACUGCAAGUACAGCAAACCACCUUUGGUCCCUGGAUGAUGUUCUUGGUCAGGGGGCGACAGCCAGCGUCUACAAAGCACGAAACAAAAAAACAGGUGAGCCGGUUGCCGUGAAGGUCUUUAACUUGGCGAGCUACAACAGGCCGUAUGAGGUGCAGAUGAGGGAGUUUGAGGUGCUGCAGAGGCUCAAUCACAUCAACAUUGUUAAACUCUUUGCUGUGGAGGAGAUGCAUAUGAACCCGAAGCAGAAGGUCCUGGUGAUGGAGUUCUGUUCAGGUGGCAGCCUGCUGAACCUUCUGGAGGAGCCUGAGAAUGCGUUUGGACUUCCUGAGUCUGAGUUCCUCAUCGUACUGCAGUGUGUGGUCCAAGGAAUGAACCACCUGCGGGAGAAUGGAGUAGUGCACAGGGAUAUCAAACCUGGCAAUAUCAUGAGGCAAGUGGGUGAGGAUGGCCGCUCUGUGUACAAGCUGACAGACUUUGGUGCUGCCCGUGAGUUGGAUGACGAUGAGAAGUUUGUGUCCAUAUAUGGCACAGAGGAAUAUCUGCAUCCGGACAUGUAUGAGCGUGCGGUACUGAGGAAGCCCCAGCAGAAAACUUAUGGUGUGUCUGUGGAUCUCUGGAGCAUUGGUGUCACCUUCUACCAUGCUGCCACUGGCAGUCUUCCCUUCAUACCAUAUGGAGGCCCACGCAGAAACAAGAAGAUCAUGUACAAGAUCACGACAGAGAAGCCAGAGGGAGCCAUAGCAGGUGUGCAGAAGUUGGAAGAAGGACCCAUUGAAUGGAGCUACCAACUGCCACACUGCUGUCAACUCACAGAGGGUUUGAAGACCCAGCUGAUCCCAGUGUUGGCCAGCAUACUGGAGGCCAAUCAGGAGAAGUGUUGGGGCUUUGUCCAGUUCUUUGCUGCUACCACUGAUAUCCUGCACCGCAUCACGGUCCACAUUUUCUCUCUCCAGCAGGCAAAAACACACAGCAUCUACAUUCACUUUCACAACACGGUCUCAAUCUUUUUUGAGGAUGUUCAGACCCAAACUGGAAUUGAACCUGCGGAUCAACAGUACCUGUUUCAAGGUCAUCCUCUCAUAUUGGAGCCGAGCAUGAAAGUAGUAAACCUUCCUCCCACCAGUGCAGACCGCCCUAUCAUUCUGAUCAGCCGAAAACCAGAGAAAUUAGAAGGACAUCCAUACAGAGAACCCGAAGCCCCUGCCAUGCCCACAAAGUUUGACGUCAUGGCAGAUUACACUUUCUCCAAGACCAUUGUUGGGGUCAUCCAUCAGUAUCUGCGUAUUGCUCGCUCUUUCCAAAAGUACAGGGAACUGAUUCUGCAGGGGUUCCACAGCUACAUUGAAAACACAGGCUUUGAAUGCACUAAUGUGGCACACAGGAUUGCCAUGGUGAAUAUGAAGCUGCUUUCUUCUAUCAGCAGAGAGGAGAAUCUCCAACGGUUUGCUCAGAGGUUCGCACAUGAGUUUCCAGACUUUGUAGACAAUAAGAAGAAACUCGUACUGAUAGAAGAGGAUUUGCAGCGAAUGUAUGGCACUGGAAUCAAAGAGUUCCAGAAUCAACUACAGCACCUUCGUGUGACGUUGUCUAAACACUCUGAGACACUGGCCCAGGAUAAGAGCAUCCAGAAGAUGGAGGUUUUGUUGGGGAAGAUUGUUGCAGUUCAUCAGCAGUAUUACAAAGACAGAGUGACAGGAAAGCUCGGCUAUAAUGAUGAACAGAUUCACAAGUUUGAGAAGCUCAAUCUGUCUUCAUACAUAAAGAAAGUCAAGACUGUAUUCAAGGAUGACUGUUUGCAGAAGUACCAGGAUGUUCUGAUGGCUGCUGGGAGCUGGAACAGAGUUCUCUAUGAAAUGCAUACGAGUCUCGAGCAUUUCGGUGGUGUCCUGCGGCAGAGGAUGGGGGAUCUGCAUGUGUGUGAGGCCCAGCAGAACAAGGUUCUUGACAGAGCUGUGCUCAGAGCUCUCCACCAGCCAAUAGGAGCCGAGGGGGUGGAUGGACCAAAAAAAGAUGAGAACAUGAUUCUCAAAAUGACUAGAUUAAAGGAUGAGAUGGAGGCCGUGGCACGGGAGCUACAGAAUAACAACAACAUGAUAGAAAGCCUUGCAGUAGUUACUGCUACAUUGCCAGUGGAGAAAAAAAUACCUCAACCCAACAGACCUUGAAGACCUCAAAGAAUACAGAAUGCAACACAAUAUCCCAGAUCCCAGAUCUCUGAGCUAAAAGGAAAGAGAAAGCAAAACAAAACAAAGAAAAUGCAAAAGGGCCCUUCAAAACUGUCCUUAUUUAAACCUCUCUAACCUUAAACAGAUUAAUAGCUGUUACCAGGGCUGGCAGCUGAUAUUGUAUGAUGUGUAUGAGGUUUAAAGAGGUAACUACACAUUUUGUCAAAAAUUAGUUAUGACAUUUUUCUCAGAUUCAGUGUUAAUGUAGUUACUGCAUUUUACCUUCAUACAGUCUAGUAGUAUUGACUUUAACUGCCAAGAAGAAAGACAUAUAGAUCAGUUGGAAGUACUAGCUACAGCAGUUUCCCUGAUUAAUCUUGAGACUUAAAUAUUGAUGGCACUGUGCAUUCAGCUAACAAUAAUAGUGUAAUUAUUGAUAUUGCACAGCCAUGGAAUAAAGGGAGAGGUGUUCAGUCUGCCCUGUGUAUUUGAUUCUGGUUUUGAUAGAUAACUGCAAUCAUUGAAUUAGUCUAUUGCUAUUAUCACAUCAGUGUAAUCACACUGUUUGAGAGUAUUCAGAUGGGCUUCUGAAAAAUGUGAACAGUGCAAAGAUUAUCAUCCUACAAAUACUGACAGGAGUCAACAGACUCAUGUUACUACUUGAAGUGAAAGUAAGAGAUGUGUUGGGUGGGUUCUGAUGUCACAUUACGGGGAAUUCCUUGUGCAGGGGGAACUAUGGUGACCUUACAGAGACCACAUUGUGGUUCAGUGUCAAAGUGUGCAUAUGUUUUUAUUUUUAUGUCAUGGAAUUUUUAUUGACUUUCCUUUUUGACAGUUUGUAAAUGUAUUUCUUAAAUGUCAAAUAAAUGAUACAAAUGAUAUGCUAUGAGUACAAACAAAAUGCAAUUUUAUGUAUGUAUAAUAAAGUGGAUAUAAAAAGUCUA